AUGCUUGUCCUAGUGAAAUGGUGUUUAAAAAGCUCAUAUUUAUACGGACGACUUACUGGCGUAAUAAAUUUCGAAUUCGACUUUAAAAAGGGUCAAUCGGUGGCCACCAAUAGAACUACAAUAUGUUCGGCCUUUUCGCAUUUACUAUUGUUCACAUUGCUCAUUGGCCACGCAAUGACGACACAAUCUAUGUCUAUGAUGUGGAAAUACGCCAACUCUCUUCACGAAUACGUGUUCGUGGUUAUAGCGGUCUUUCGAUUAACAUGUGUCUUUCUGGCUUUAGUCAGUCGAUGGUCUCAACGUCGGACUUUUAUGCAAAUCUUCAACUCGUUCUGGAGUCUUUAUCAAAACAAUCCAAGGAUAAUCCAGUUUUGCCAAAGGGGCAUCGUUAGCAAAUACUUUUGUGUCACAGUGGCGGAGGCCUUUCAAGUUAUAGUUACCCUUACUCUGAUGCGAAAUAGACUAACCUUUGCCCUGGCUCUACGCAUUUGGGCAGUUUUGAGUCUGACGGCCGUCAUUAAUGUGAUUAUUAUGCAGUAUUUUAUUACCAUUGCGAGUAUUCGAGGACGCUAUAUCCUUCUGAAUAAGGAUUUACUAAUGGUUGUAGCCGAAACGCGAUCCCUGUAUCCCAAUCGAAGUGGAGUUUUCGUAACCAGAUGUUGCUCUCUCGCCGAUCGCCUGGAAGAAAUCGCCACCGAGCAAGCUGAUUUACAGAAGCUCACGGAACAUUUAUCAAAAGCUUAUCAGGGUCAAGUCGUCUGCCUGGCCAUUAGUUACUAUCUCAAUAUGGUGGGAAGUUUCUACUUACUGUUUAGCACCAUAAAAUAUAAGGGUCUAACGGAUAACUCGUCAAUGUUAGUUACAAUUUGCACCUGUGCCUAUUUUGUUUUUUAUUAUAUCGAUUGCUGCCUAAACGCACUAAAUAUACUUUAUCUUUUGGACGAACACGAUAAGAUGGUCAAACUACUGGAUCAACGGACUCUUUUUCGUCCAGGCUUGGAUGACAGAUUGGAAAAAGUGUUCGAAGACUUUAUUCUAAACCUGUCAACAAAUCCACUUAAACUACGAUUUUUGGGCUUAUUUGAAAUCGAUCGUAUAUCAUUAUUUGCUCUAGGCAACUCCCUAUUAACACAUUCCUUACUGCUCAUCCAAUAUGAUGUAGAAAAUUUCUAA